UCAUUUUAAACGCAGCGGCUUAAACCGAGCAUCACACAGAUAGAGAUAAGAGCUGUCAGAAGCAACCGGUCAGACUGAGCUAAAUUAAAGCAUCCAGCAGGUUUCAGCUCAGACAAGCAUUUAUUUUACGCACAGAAAAAAAUUGGACCAGUCAGCUUAUUUGAUUUAAUUUUUGACUACCUGCAGCCGAAGAUGGAGCACAACAUCCCUGAUUUCUCUGGCACCUGGGAAAUGAAAAGCUCGGAGAACUUUGAAGAGCUCCUUAAAGCAUUGGGGGUGAAUGUGAUGCUGCGCAAGAUUGCAGUGAAAGCCGCCUCGAAGCCGCUGGUAGAGAUCACGCAGGAUGGAGAGACGCUGUCCAUCAAAACGUCCACCACAGUCCGCACCACUCACAUCACCUUUACUGUUGGGCAGGAGUUCAACGAGUCAACAGUGGACGGGCGCCCGUGCACAAGUUUUCCACGUUGGGAGACAGACAGCAAAAUCAGUUGUGAGCAGACUCUGCAGAAAGGAGAAGGGCCCAAGACGUCCUGGACCCGAGAGAUCACCAGUGACAGCAAGCUGAUCCUGACCAUGAGAGCAGAUGACGUGGUUUGCACCAGAGUCUACGAACGACAAUGAGCAAGACCACUUCUCACUUUUUUGAUCUUCCAGCUCCACUCUCGUCUUCACAACUCACCCUUCUCUGUGGGUUAGGAAACACCAAUCUGAAGAUUUAUUCCUGUUAACCUGUUAGCUCCAUUGCAUAAUAAUUUGGUAAUUGUUUUUAGUACGUCGCAUUUAAAAUCUGAGCUUCUGUUUUUAUUUUCCAUGUGUGCUAUCUGACCUGACCAGUUUCAUUUUUAGACCUGAAAUUGUGCAGAGCAUCAAGUUGCUAAAUUGCAGUUCAUGCAUUUGUUGUGCAUGUGUGUGCUAUCAAGAGUUGUGCAGCCGCAGCAGGCGAGAUAUGAGACUAUAUUUGUAGGUGUGUAAACCAAUCCAUGAGCUCUUCCUGUAUCAGGUCAGUUUUGACGUCUGUCCUCUCUUUUUCUGUAGCCUUGCUCCCUCCUCAUCUAAACUAAUUAGUUUUUUGUAUUUAUUACUACACCACUUUUUACAUUGUGUCUCUUUUGUUUAAAAUAAUAGGAAAACGACACUUUCCUUGGAGAAAAACACGAAAAACCACUUUGACGUCAGCUCUCUGGCUGCCCUGUGCAGAAAAAACUAUUAAGGAAAAGAGUUUAAUGGCAGCCAGGGUUUUAUGGUUUGUGAGUUUAGCUGCAGAAUGUGUGCACAUUAAAUGGCUCCAUGUUAUUUUAGGCUUUCUCUCAGCUGUCUGCAACCAGAAUAACUUGUCUGUCCCCUCCUUCUUCACAUUCUCUGUCCAUCUUCUCCACUCAUCUCUCUCAUGUCCGUUUUUCAUGCCUGGUCCCUUCGAUCUGUUCAUCUAGCAGCCUUUCCACCCCCGCAGCUGUAGAUUAGUAGUAGUCGUUUUAUUUCCAUUUUGUUUGGCAGUUGAAAGUAUAUUGUUUAUUUUUUACGGUUCUUAAUAAAUGCUUAACGAGGCAUUUGCAAAGUA